GAAAACCAUGGUGGUCUAGUCUGAAGUGGUUUGGUUUUCAUUAUUUUACAACAUCAUACAUAGACCUGGCAGCCAUAUCUUCUAUGAGCUCACCCUGAAACCCGACUACUUUCUCUGUGGUUAUCAGUGAGUCCAUGACUCUCAGCUCAUUUAUAUUAUUAUAUUUCUGCAUCACCUCCACAACUACAGGUCUGGGUUAAAUCACGCGCAAGUGGGAAACUUCCCAUAGCUACUGCAUGAAGGGGAGGUAGAAGCAUAAACCUGACUUGUUGUAACUGUAUGUUACGUGCAAAAUCACUCCAACUGUGUGAGACAAAUAAUAUUCCUGAAAAAAAACAUUAGCUUGUCGGAUGACAUUGUUGUUUUCUACCACCUUGAACAGAUCUGAGGAGUAGCGGAGGAGGUGUGUCGCGGUGUCCGAGUGGUAUUUAUGACUGUAGGGGCAUUUGGGCAAAUUUUGCCCUUUAUUACUUUAAAGAGAAGUGCCAAGAUAUCAGUCACUUGGAAGUAAAAAUGUAGCAGUUCAAUGACAUAACUGUCUGUAAUUACAGUUAGUCCUAAUUAAGUUUUGUAACUAUUAUUGAAAUGAUCAAGAUAAGGUUCAUGAAAUGAUGCAGUUUAACAGCAGAAAAAAACAGUUUUUAAUUAUCUAUUCAUCCAUUUUCAGUGUUUUAAUAAAAAUGACAACAAUCACACUGAAUAUUACUUGAAAGACAAGCACUUUUACCAUAAAGACAAAUAACAAGAGAACUCUAUGUAAAUUGGACAUGGGGUGCUGAGGACCUGCCCCUACUUCCCUGAUAGGUGAUGUGUGAGAGCAAACAUUGUCAUAAGUCAAUAAAAUGGGCAAUGUAGUGCUGGAAAAGUAGUCGGAAAAGGGACGAACAAGAUUAAAGUCAUGAGGGGUUUUGUAGACAACAACUUGCUGUUGCUCAUGUUCUCUUACUUUUCCUCUGCUAUGUCCUCCUCUCUUUAUUCCUCCUCUUGUCAGAUACAGGAACAAUUUAACCUAAAUGGGAUGCACAAGACUGGGGAUGUGAUUCUAGGUGGAAUUUUUCCCGUCAACUUCUUUACUGAUAAUCCUGACCUGACUUUUACCUCAGAGCCACAGCUGCCUUCCUGCUAUGGUUUUAAUGUUAUAGGAUUCAGACAGGCUCAGUCCUUGGCCUUUGCUAUUGAUGAGAUCAACAGAAACUCCAACCUGCUGCCUAAUGUGACUCUGGGAUACAGUCUGUAUGAUAACUGCAUCCAACUACGAAUUGGAUUUCGUGCAGCACUGGCCUUAGUCAGUGGUCAAGAAGAAGAAGUUACAUUAGAGGAGAACUGUGUAGGAACUCCUCCAGUCCUAGGGAUUGUGGGUGAUUCUACCUCUUCAAAUUCUAUAGCCAUAUCUACAGUCUUAGGUUUGUACAAAGUGCCUCUGGUGAGUUAUUUUGCCACAUGUUCCUGCCUGAGUGACCAGCAAAAGUUCCCAUCUUUUUUUAGGACAAUCCCGAGUGAUGCCUUUCAGGUGAAUGCUAUGAUUCAGAUUCUAAAAUACUUUGGUUGGACUUGGGCAGGUCUGCUCAUCAGUGAUGAUGAUUAUGGAGUCCACGCUGCCCGAUCCUUUCACUCUGAUCUGGGUCCAGCUGGUGGAGGUUGUCUGGCUUACACAGAGAUUUUGCCCUGGGGUGACGACCCUGCUGAAUUAAGGAGAAUAGUGGAUGUGAUGAGGAAAUCUACAGCUCGAGUGGUGAUUGUGUUUGCACAUAAGGGUCACAUGAUUAACCUCAUGAAAGAGGUGGUGAGGCAGAAUGUGACAGGCCUUCAGUGGAUGGCCAGUGAAGCCUGGUCAGCACUUGAUGUGCUCCAGACUCCUCACCUCAUGCCGUACCUGGGUGGAACACUGGGCAUCGCCAUCCGUCGAGGAGAAAUACCAGGACUCAGGGACUUCCUGUUACAAAUACGUCCUGACCUACAUCGCAAUGGCACAGAUGGAAACAACAUGGUGAAUCAGUUUUGGGAACACACAUUUCAGUGUAGAUUUGCACCACCUCCAGCAGGUUGGGUGGAAGCUGGAGGAGAAUUAUGCACUGGACAGGAAGUUACAGAGAACGUGGAGAAUGAAUUGGUGGAUGUUUCAGACCUCAGGUCAGAGUAUAAUGUGUAUAAGGCUGUGUACGCUCUGGCUUAUGCUCUUUAUGACAUGCUGCAGUGUGAGCCAGGGAGAGGACCUUUCAGCAACAACACCUGUGCUCAUUUACAAAGACUGGAGCCAUGGCAGCUUGUGUAUUACUUGGGAAAGGUCAACUUCACCACAACAUUUGGUGAUCAAGUGUCAUUUGAUGAGAAUGGUGAUGCCUUACCAAUGUAUGACAUCAUGAACUGGGUGUGGCUCCCUGAUGGAAGAACUAAAGUUCAUAGAGUGGGUGAGGUUAAGAGGUCAGCCUUCAAAGGUGAAGAACUCACACUGGAUGAAGACAACAUUUUCUGGAACUUUGAAUCCAAACAGCCUCCUCGGUCAGUGUGCAGUGAGAGUUGUCCUCCAGGUACCCGCAUGGCCAGAAAGAAGGGGGAACCUGAGUGUUGUUUUGACUGUGUCCCUUGUUCUGAGGGAAAGAUCAGCAAUACAACUGACUCCAUGGAGUGCACCAGUUGUCCAGAAGAUUUCUGGUCCAGCCCCCAGCGUGACCACUGUGUUCCUAAGAAAACAGAGUUCCUCUCCUACCAUGAGCCUCUGGGUAUCUGCUUGACAACCACCUCACUGUUGGGCACAUUUAUCUGUGUUGUUGUUCUGGGCAUCUUCAUCCAUCAUCACAGCACACCUAUAGUUCGUGCCAACAAUUCAGAACUCAGUUUUCUUCUCUUGGUGUCACUCAAAUUGUGUUUCUUGUGUUCGUUGCUCUUCAUUGGACGACCCAGACCGUGGACUUGCCAACUAAGACAUGCAGCAUUUGGCAUCAGCUUUGUGCUUUGUGUCUCAUGUAUCCUGGUGAAAACCAUGGUGGUUCUGGCUGUGUUCAGGGCCUCCAAACCAGGAGGGGAGUCCAGCCUGAAGUGGUUUGGUGCUGUGCAGCAGAGAGGGACAGUUCUGGUUCUGACUUCUGUUCAAGCAGCAAUCUGCACUGUCUGGCUUGUCACUGCUUCACCAGUGCCUCAUAAAAACACCCAGUAUCACAGUGACAAGAUAGUUUAUGAGUGUGUAGUUGGGUCCACAGUUGGUUUUGCAGUUUUACUUGGUUAUAUUGGUUUACUGGCUGUCCUCAGUUGUUUGUUAGCUUUUCUAGCAAGGAAUCUUCCAGACAGUUUCAAUGAGGCCAAACUCAUCACUUUCAGCAUGCUGAUCUUCUGUGCAGUGUGGGUGGCCUUUGUCCCUGCUUACAUCAACUCUCCAGGCAAAUAUGCCGAUGCAGUGGAGGUAUUUGCCAUCCUGGCCUCAAGUUUUGGCAUCUUGGUGGCACUGUUUGGACCCAAAUGUUAUAUAAUCUUGUUGAGACCAGAAAGAAACACAAAGAAAGCCAUCAUGGGUCGAGGCACCACAAAGUAAAACUGGAAACACUGCUGUCUCUUUGUCUGACCCUCUGUAUUUUAGAAUGUCUUUGUAUUUACCACUUCACAAUAUAGGAAAUAAAGAUAUCUCAGCUGCAGUAAA